AUGUGUUUGAGCCACUUGGAAAAUAUGCCUUUAAGUCAUUCAAGAACUCAAGGAGCUCAGAGAUCAUCCUGGAAGCUGUGGCUCUUUUGCUCAAUAGCUAUAUUCCUUUUUCUUUGCUCCUUCAGUUGGCUAAUCUUUAUUUUUCUCCAACUAGAGACUGCUAAAGAGCCCUGUAUGGCUAAGUUUGGACCAUUACCCUCAAAAUGGCAAAUGGCAUCUUCUCAACCUCCUUGCGUGAAUAAGGUGUCUGACUGGAAGCUGGAGAUACUUCAGAAUGGCUUAUAUUUAAUUUACGGCCAAGUGGCUCCCAAUGCAAACUACAAUGAUGUAGCUCCUUUUGAAGUACGGCUGUAUAAAAACAAAGACAUGAUACAAACUCUAACAAACAAAUCUAAAAUCCAGAAUGUAGGAGGGACUUAUGAAUUGCAUGUUGGGGAUACCAUAGACUUGAUAUUCAACUCUGAGUAUCAGGUUCUAAAAAAUAAUACCUACUGGGGUAUCAUUUUACUAGCAAAUCCCCAAUUCAUCUCCUAGAGACUUGAUUUGAUCCC